GUCAGCUGACCUGGAUUGUGAAAUAUUCCUUAUUUCCUGUUCAGCGUGAAUGGGCAUGGCUUGCGUUUAUGAUUGUCUUUUCUUUCCUUUGUCAGACCUUAAAAGGGAGCUUUAAAAGGAAAAUAGAACUUUUCCGGACUGAAGAGGACAACUUCCUAAGAAAAAACAAAAUGUCUCCUAAAUCGAAAAAGCUUUUUAACAUAAUUAUGUUAGGAGUUGCUUUUAUGUUUAUGUUUACUGCCUUCCAAACAUGUGGAAAUGUUGCGCAAACUGUUAUCACAAAUUUAAACAACACAAAUUUUCAUGGCAGUGGCUAUACCAGCAUGGCCAUUAUUUAUGGGGUGUUCUCUGCAUCAAAUCUUAUUUCACCUUCAGUGGUUGCUGUAGUGGGACCUCAAUUAUCCAUGUUUGUUAGCGGUCUAUUUUACAGCAUAUACAUUGCGGUUUUUAUCCAGCCUUUCACAUGGUCCUUCUACACUGCUUCUGUUUUCAUUGGGAUAGCAGCUGCUGUAAUUUGGACUGCACAGGGAAAUUGCCUGACGAUAAAUUCAGAUGAAAACACUAUUGGGAGAAACAGUGGAAUCUUCUGGGCACUUUUACAGUCCAGCUUGUUUUUUGGAAAUCUUUAUAUAUACUUUGCUUGGCGUGGGAAAACUCACAUAUCAGAGAGUGAUCGCAGGACUGUUUUCAUUGCUCUAACUGUCCUCAGUCUCGUGGGCACAUUUCUGUUCUUUCUGAUUAGGAAACCAGAGGAGUCAAACACACUGGAGGAGGAAGUCUCCUCCACUGACGAAAGCAUUGUAGACAACUCGUCUGUCCAAAGCAAAGCAACGAGGGCAGUGGAUGCAUUUAAGAGAUCUAUUAAGCUAUACUUCACCAAAGAGAUUUUGCUCCUCAGUGUUACAACGGCUUAUACAGGUCUGGAAUUAACAUUCUUUUCUGGAGUAUAUGGGACCUGUAUUGGUGCUGUGAAUAGAUUUGGCACCGAAGAGAAAAGUCUUAUUGGACUGUCUGGUAUUUUUAUUGGCAUUGGAGAAAUUUUAGGUGGAGGAUUCUUUGGAUUAGUGAACAAAGAUAAUCGCUUUGGCAGGAACCCAGUUGUGAUGCUUGGCAUUGUGGUCCAUUUUGUAGCCUUUUACUUAAUUUUUUACAACAUACCAAAUGAUGCCCCCAUUGCUUCCUUCGAAGGAACAGAUAAUAGCGCUUAUAUGAAUCCAAGCAAAGAGUUGGCCAUUUUUUGCAGUUUUCUGUUGGGACUAGGAGACAGCUGCUUUAACACCCAACUCCUCAGUAUUUUGGGGUUCCUUUAUUCAGAAGACAGUGCACCUGCCUUCGCUGUCUUCAAGUUUGUCCAGUCCAUCUGUGCUGCAGUCGCAUUUUUCUACAGCAACUACCUUCUUCUUCAGUGGCAGCUCCUGAUCAUGGCAGUGGUUGGGUUCUUUGGAACAAUCUCCUUCUUUACUGUGGAGUGGGAAGCAGCAGCAUUUGUCGCCCGUGGCUCUGACUACAGGAGCAUUUGAUCCAGGUGCUCCAUCAGCCUGAUGUGAGGAGAUACAUAGAAACAUAUUUAUUGAAAUGACUUGAGAAGGUGAAAAGAUAACAUCACAGAGGCUGGGAUGAAGGAAGCCUCUGUUAAAGCCCUUUCAGUGUAACUGAUAGGAACAGUCAUAAUGAAACAUAGAAAAACAAAAUGCCAAAAUGAAAAGGCUCUCUUUCUUAUUUUUAUCGACAUUGAUGUGCAGGGUCACAAAAAUCGCGUAUGAGAAAAUGGAAGGAAAAUGGGGGAUCUGUGCAUUGAACAGUUUUGUUCAGAUAUACCCCUUUGCUGAGUGCCUGUUUCUCUUAAUUUCUCGCUUUGUGAUCAUGUACUAUAGAAAUUCUACUUUCAGUCUUCUCAAAUAGUUUUAUUUUUAUUUACUUAGAUCCAAGCUCUGCAGACUCUUGUCUUGUAAAAAUUCCUUCUGUGUAUGAGUGAUAUUUUUAAAAUAAGAUACAGUGUGCUGCAGCAUGUCUACGAAACCAAUCAAAACCAUGGAGUUCUGUGGCAAUAGAGGUGUUCUCAUUGGAACAUUUUGUGAUGCUGUGCCCCUCCAUCCCUUGGUUCCUAAGUCUAUAACAUUGUUGAUACCCUAUUUUAUAGUUUAAAAUCUUAUCUAGGCUCAGUUUUUAAAAAAGAGAGAUCUUAAGUAUUAUGGGCUGAUGUGAAGCAUAUUAGAAAAAUUUGGACAAGAUUUUCUUUAUUUUAAGCUUAUCAGAAGGCUAAGUAAAGGCCAAGAUGAUUAAGGGCCUGAACCAGAGAAGUGUGGAACAACUGAAUCACUAUUUAUAUCAACAGGUAUUGUGAGUGCUCAGCACCUCUCAGGAUCAAGCUGUAGAUUAGGUUGGCUGCCAGAACGUUC